AGCGAUAAACAUAUUUCUGCAAAUUUCUCUCUCGGAAUUAUGGAUGUUGAUGACAGCGAAGAUAAUAUUUUCAAUAAAUCUGAAUAUAGUGUUGUUCCAAUUGAUUUCGAUCAAUUAAUUGAAAGCCCUGAAAGUUUACAUCAUGUAUAUUCGACACAAAAUAGUCAAAGAAAUGGAGAAUUUAGUGGUUCUGAUCUUCAAUAUCAUGAUUCUUUUGAAUCUCCUGAAGAUAUGUUGGAGAACAUACCCGAACUCGAUGAUUCGGGGUAUAUUGAACAUACUAUAACAAAAGAUCAAAUACGCAUGCAAAUAAGGAGCGAUGAUAUGCCUGAUAAUUUAUCUCAUGCAACCCUUACUGUUGAAAGCCGAAAUCAGAAAACAAAUGAAAGAGAGUUCAAAAAAUUUCAUUGUGAUUUUGAUGGAUGUGAAAGAACUUAUAGUACUGCAGGAAACUUAAAAACUCAUCAGAAGAGACAUAAAGGGGAAUAUACAUUUAUAUGUACAGAAGAAGGAUGUGGAAAAACAUUUCUCUCUUCUUACAGUCUACGAAUUCAUGUUAGAGUGCAUACGAAGGAAAAACCAUAUGGUUGUGAUGUCAAUGGAUGUGAAAAAGCAUUUAGCACUCGAUACAGGUUAAGAGCCCAUAAACGAAUUCAUAAUGGAAAUACAUUUAAUUGUGGCGAGCCUAGGUGUAAUAAACAUUUUACUACAUUAAGUGAUUUAAAAAAGCAUCAGAGAAUACAUACUGGUGAAAGACCUUAUCGUUGUUUAGAAGAUGGAUGUGAUAAAGCAUUUACAGUUAGUCAUCACCUGAAAAAGCACAAGCAAACUCAUACAGGUGAAAAACCAUUUGUUUGUCCUGAAAUUCUGUGUGGGAAGUCUUUUUCAACUCAAUAUAACCUAAAAUCUCAUAUGUUAAAGCAUACAAAAGAAACACAAGAAGGCAUUGCAAAUGGGGAAAGUCCGCAACCUAUGCUGAAUGGCUCUGUUGAUGAGCCAGUUGUGACUGUAAAUAAUCCUUUAAUCAAUCUACCAUGUUCAGAAGUGACUUUUAACACAAUGCCGGAUGGAAGUGUCAUAGCUUAUGCUGUUAUCCGUUUGGGUAAUGUAAAUACUGUUCCUGCUGAAACAGGAGCCUCUAUGCCUGUGAUGAGCCCUGUUGCAGAAAGCACCUUUGUAGAUCAAUCAACACAAGCAGGAGAUAUUGAUGCUGCUACCAUUGCCAACCCAAUAGAUGUUCAACCCAUUCAAAUACCACAAGUUUUAAGUGUGAGUGAUAUUAACAUGCCUGCCCUUUCUACAAUACCAGUUCUCAGUCCUUUAGACUCUUCAAACUCUGAAACUGUGGCUGACCCUACAAAUACCUCAAUUCCUGUUCAGGAUAUUAUUUCUGCUGCAGCUCGCUUAACAGACAUUUGCAAGUGUGGUCCUGAUAAAUGCAAACCUCAUGGUAGAUGUUGCAUGGGUUGUCCAGGUAUGGAGGGUCAUUAUUGUCGUGAUGAAACUGAUGAUAUUAGUACUUCCACUACUGUUGAUGCUAGUGUAACUACAGAUAAUGCUUCCUAUGUCAUUAGUAUUCCAGAAACAUCAAAUUAUGAUCUUUAUUCUGAAGAAAACUCAGUAAGCACGGUCGAUGCAUCAUGCCAGACUGAAGAAGGGUCUUGUUCAUGCCCUGCAGAAUGUACUGUUUCAUUUGGAAAAGACGCUCGUUCUUUACUUAAAGAAUUCCAUCACAUUAAUAAUGGCUGUUGUGUCCACUCAUAACUUAUACAGAAAAUUCACAAAAUAUUACAUGGAAUACAAUGCACAAACUAUCUUGUUGCAAUAUAUACAUAUAUAUAUAUAUAUAUAUAUAUAUA